GUUCUUGUUUCUCCAUCCGGCUGCUACAGCUCUCUUUCCGGGCACUCUGAAGAAACUCCUGCAGGAAACUUCUCUCGAAUCUGCUGCUUUUCCCGUCGUCCAGCGUCUUUCUGCGCUCUUCGCUGGAGGCGUCCAGCGGUGUGGAGCUCAGAGCGGAACCCGGCGGGCUGCGCGGUUCUCCUCUGCUCACCAUGGCCACCGCACAGCCGGAGCCCGGAGCGGGGGCCGCGGAGGAGCACUGCGCCUCAUCCGAGUCCAACGAACACGACUACGCUCACGCUGUGGAGACUACCUUCAGCUCCGUACCGCCGGCCGAGCCGCAGCCCGGUGACGCCCUCCCCAUAGAGAUGCCGGAACCGGCCGUGGGCGCGGAGGUGGACUGUCCGAUAGGGAACGAUGUGGAGGUGCAGAGCGGAGCAGAGCUCCAGAAGACCGAGGAGCUCGCAGACUUCAGCGUCCCGAAGCGCUUCGGCCGAUGGUGUCCGAAGCGGCCGGAGGACCAAAACUGCGCCUGCUGCCGGAUGGAGUUCGAGCGGCAGGGCCGCAGCUUCAACCGCAGGGCCGUGUACACCUUCACCUCCCCGGACACCGUCAUGUGGGCCUUCCCGGGGUCCGCCGUGCACGAAAGGUCCUUCCUGUGUGAGGCCUGCGCGCAGACCAUCCGGAGCAAGUGUAAGCGCAAACAGAGCGGCAGGCGAUCACUGUGGCUCAAACCACCAGCUGCCAAGCAGUCACAGGCGAGAGACAAGAAGCUGACCGGCCGGCGGAUGGGGAAGAAGAGCAAAGCAGCUCUGCUUGUGAGCAAGUCCAGCUACAAGGCGGCGUUCCAGAUGCUGUGGUCAGCCAAAGGCGCCCGCAAACCCAUGAUGGAGUUCUGGAGUAAGCAGCUGAAGGAGGAGAUGAAGCUGCUGUCGCGGCACGGAGACAGUCCCUUCCAUCAGAAGGUGUCGGGCAGGAAGCCUCUGACGUCCUUCCCCUGGAGGAAGUGUCUGAACUGGGCUCAGGACAAAGCUCCGCUCGUCACCACCUGCCUGCGCUCGCUGUUCCCCGACCUCAACGCUCUCUUCAAAAGCAACCAUCAGCUGACGGAGGAGCAGGCCUUCACGCUGCUGGAGCGGCGCACCGUGGUGGCGCUCUCCAUCCCGCUCUUCACCAGGAACAUCUGGAAGAACAACUUCCUGCAGGCGGCUCUCGGGGCCGAGCUGCGCCUGCAGGGCUGCUCCGGCUCCGCCCUGGACACGCUCAACACCAUGGGACUGUGCCAGAACAAAGACACGGUCCGGUUACUGCUGCACCGGCUGCGCAACGGCAAGGACAUGUCGAUGCAGGAUGAUGAACAGGGGAUGAAACAAGAGGAGCUGAAAGGCAUGAUGGGGGAGACGCUGACAGAUGUGCAGGAGGUGGACAUGGAGGUGGAGGAAGAGGACGACGACGAGGAGGAGGAAGAAGAAGAGGAGGAGGAAGAGGAUGACGAAGAAGAGGAGGAGGAAGACAUUGCGAUGGUGGGGAAUGAAGAGGUGGAAGAGGAAGAAGUGCAGGGUAAUGGUGAUGAUGAUGAUGAUGAAGAGGAGGAAGCAACUGCGAAGGAGGAAAAGAAAAGGAGAAAGAAGAAGGCGAAGAAGCAGAGGAAAGAGGAGAAGAGGAAGGCGAGAGGUAAACGGAAGGCCAAGGAGAGGGAGGAGGAAGAGGAGGAUGAGGAGGAGGAGGAAGGGUCGGAGGAGAAGAAGAGGAGGGUGGUGGUGGUGAGGCUCGGCCUGCUGAAGGGACACUCAGAGGUCGGACGAUCCGACCUAUCAGCUCCCUGACGGGCUGCAGGCUCCGCCUUCAAACUCACUGAGCCUCCAAUCAGAGAGCAGCACACAGACCCCGCCCCCCCCUCAUGUGUUCAGAGGCAUUAUGGGAACUGUAGGAAGUCUUCGCCUCUGUGGCUUCAAGAAACCACUAAAUUCAUGUUGAGAAACGCCAAUCGAUCGUAUUAUCGAUCAUUUACCUUUUUCCCAAAGUGGGAAACGCAUUCAUCUGGAAAACUAAAACGACUUGGAAUUGAAAAUAAAAUUGCUUUACAUUUAGAAACUGAAUUUCUGCUAAUUUUAGGCACAAUCAGAUGAAAUAAUCUGUCGUUUUGCUGUGAUAAUGGGCAUAUAAAGAUUCAGUUUAAUGCCAGUGCACAGAAAAUACACCUGACUUACUGUCACAUUUGACCAAACUCAGUUUAACUUCAGCCUCAGUUACUUUAAAAAAUCUGGAGACUUUCUUGACCUCGAAUGGUUUCCCAGCUAUUAUGAUGAUGUGUGGAAAAAGCGAGGAGACGCGAGCUUCGGGUUUUGUCUUCAGAGGCUGAAAGGUCGUCGACAUGCCCUGAAUGGAAUGGAUUGAUCCUCGUCGAGAUACAGACGUCACUGGGAGGUGAAAACAUCGGCUUUCUAAUCUUGAUUGAGAUUCUGAACUCUUGUGCUGAAAGAGACUGCAGAUGUGAGUUGGGUUUCUGUGGGAGCACGGUUCGAUUCCUGUGGCGAACACUGUGAUGUCUCAGCCUGCUGCUGAGGCGGUUUCUGUUUAUAGACUGAACGUUUUUUCUCUGGAACAUUUUUUUUUCUUUUUGUGUCUGUUUUGUACUUGCCAUGACAGCUUCAGUCUGGAGGCUUCUCUGCCCUUCAUGUGUUCAUGCCAACAUAUCCUGCAUCGAAACGGUUACAUGACACGUCAGAAAGUGGUUUACAAACAACUGAACUAUUAAAACUGUUUAAAUAACUAA